AAAAAUUAAGUCACCCGCCAUUUCAAAUACUCUGUUUAAGCGCGUCGUCUACCACUUUGCACGCCGUGUCUUAGCAACUAUUGGGAUUGUUCACUCUGCAUUGCACAUUACUUUUUUAGUGAUAAUGGCUCUCCACGUACCGAAAGCUCCGGGUUUUAUGUCAAUGUUGAAGGAGGGAGCUAGGGUAAUCAAUUUGACUGACAGUUAAUCCUUGUUCUAAGUAUUUUGAGGGUUUAGAGGAGGCAGUUUACCGUAACAUUGAGGCAUGUUUGGCCCUCUCAAAGUCUAUUAGGUCAACGUUUGGACCUUCAGGACAAAAUAAGAUUGUGAUAAAUCAUGUUGGUCGUUUGUUUGUGACCAACGAUGCGGCCACGAUCCUUAAAGAACUUGAGGUGGCUCAUCCGGCUGCUAAAAUACUCGUCAUGGCAUCUCAACAACAGGAACGAGAAGCUGGUGAUGGUACGAAUGCUGUCUUUCAGCUCGCUGGUGCACUGCUGGAACAAGCCAGAGAUCUGUUAAGAAUGGGUCUCUCAGUGGCACAGGUAACCAGUGGCUACGAAAUGGGUUGUAAGAAGGCAUUGGAAAUAUUAAAUGGUAAGAUGUAUUCAAUAUUAAUUUCCAGAACUUGUGGUUGAAAACAUAACCGACCUUCGGUGUUUCAAGAGUGUACGACGUGUGAUCAGGUCUGCUGUGAUGAGCAAGCAAGUUGACCUGGCCGAUUUUCUGUCUGAACUAAUCACAAACGCGUGUAUUGAAACACUGCCACAGAAGUCACAUUUCAAUGUUGACAACAUUCGGAUUUUGAAGAUCUUGGGGGCUGGUGUCAGUCAAUCGAAAAUGGUGAAGGGCAUGGUAUUUCGCCGGGAGACGGAAGGAGAGGUUAAGGAAGUUCGUAAUGGAAAAGUUGCCAUUUUCUCCUGUCCUGUUGAUGCUCUGCAAACGGAAACAAAAGGUACAGUUUUACUAACUUCUGCUGAGGAAUUGACACAGUUCAGCAAAGGCGAGGAGGAUUCUAUGGAGAAGCAUAUGCGUUCUCUUUCGAAUGCCGGAGUCAAAGUUAUUGUCAGUGGUGGCAAAGUGGGAGAACUAGCAUUACACUAUGCUAACAAGUUGGGUAUGAUGGUAGUAAAGUUAAGCAGCAAGUUCGAUGUUCGACGUCUUAGCCAAGCGACUGGUGCGACAGCCCUCCCUCAGUUAACUACUCCUACACCUGAGGAGCUGGGUCAUGUUGGUCAUGUCUACACAGACGAAAUAGCAGAUGCCAGUGUAGUUAUCUUUGAACAAGAUACUCAUGAAGGAACUGUUGUCACUUUAGUGAUUCGGGGUAGUACAGAAAAUAUAAUGGACGACGUAGAGCGUGCUAUUGACGAUGGUGUAAACACUUUCAAGUGCCUCACACGUAGUCCAAAAUUGGUGGCGGGUGCUGGAGCCACAGAAAUAGAAUUGGCUCGCCGUCUCACAUCAUACGCUGACACUGUACCCGGUCUGGAGCAAUAUGCAAUUAGGGAAUUUGCACGCGCUUUCGAAGUUACGGUAAAAGUGCUUGCUGAAAAUGCUGGACAAAAGGUUACUGAAGUGAUCGCCAUGUUGUAUGCUAAACAUGAAUCCGGUCAAAUUCAUACUGGUUUGGUCACUCAACCAAACGGUGAUGUAUCUGUCAAUGAUUCUGUGAAAUUCGAUGUUUUGGAUCUUCAUCUUUUGAAACACUGGUCUAUUCGUUUCGCUACAAAUGCUGCCAUUACCAUACUGCGUGUGGAUCAGAUUAUUAUGGCACGCCAGCUGGUGGACCAAAACCUCGUCAACCAGGAGCUGCAGAUGAAGAUUAAUCGGUGUAUCCACUUAUGCUUUCUUUUGGGACUGUAUGUUUUACUGAUCCACUGGCCUACUGUAACGUGUACUUCUAAUAAACUAUUUUAAAAAACCUUG